AUGGUGAGAUUAAUCCCCGUGGCUUCCACCACCAUCAGACCUUCCUUGGGCUUCUUCUCCGCAUCUCCUCGCUUCCCCGUCUCCUUCCUCUCUCGAACCUCCCUUUCUUUCUCCCAUGUCUCCUCCCAUGUUCCUCAAUCAAAUCUUAUAAGCACAAAGCUUUGGAGAAGAGGUGUAAGCUGCUGCUUAGGAGUAACUGACUCUGGAAACACAGCUCAAGCCACUACUCAAGAUGAUCUUCUCAAAUGGGUCAAAGAUGAUAACAGAAGAAUGCUUCAUGUCGUUUACCGUGUCGGCGAUUUGGACCGGACCAUAAAAUUCUAUACUGAAUGUCUUGGAAUGAAGCUUCUACGGAAGCGUGACAUACCAGAAGAGAAAUAUACAAAUGCUUUCCUUGGUUAUGGUCCUGAAGAUUCACAUUUUGUCAUUGAACUCACUUAUAAUUAUGGAGUUGACAAGUAUGACAUCGGGGCAGGUUUUGGUCACUUUGGUAUUGCUGUUGACGAUGUGGCGAAAACUGUGGAGCUCAUAAAAGCGAAAGGAGGCAAAGUAACAAGGGAGCCUGGUGCUGUUAAAGGUGGCAAAACUGUGAUUGCAUUCAUUGAAGACCCUGAUGGUUACAAAUUUGAACUCUUGGAAAGAGAUCCUACACCUGAACCUUUUUGCCAAGUUAUGCUCCGUGUUGGUGAUCUCGAUAGGUCCAUUAAGUUCUAUGAGAAGGCUUUUGGAAUGGAGCUUCUGCGCACAAGAGACAACCCAGAGUACAAGUACACAAUAGCUAUGAUGGGAUAUGGUCCAGAAGAUACAUUUCCUGUCUUAGAGCUGACAUAUAACUAUGGUGUCACUGAAUAUGAUAAAGGAAAUGCUUAUGCUCAGAUUGCUAUAGGGACGGAUGAUGUUUACAAAACUGCAGAAGCUGUGAAAGUCUUUGGUGGGAAGAUCAUGAGGGAGCCUGGUCCGUUACCAGGUAUAAACACUAAGAUCACCGCGUGUCUGGAUCCGGACGGUUGGAAGUCGGUAUUUGUGGACAACGUCGACUUUCUCAAAGAACUUGAGUGA